AUGAGAUCUAGGCCGCUCAUCUUAGGAUACCUUAAGAUGAGAUUAAGAGAAAGAUUAGAGUGUCACCCUCAUAGAGAAUCUGGACAAUCCAUUAAGAGAGUUGAUUAUUAAUCAUAAUCUUCUAUUAGAGGGGCUUAAUUCUCAAGAGGAUUAAGGCAUUUUGCCUCCCUCUUGGAGGACGCUUUUUGGCUCUCUCUCUAGUAGUGGCUAGUCGAAGGAAACAAGAAGAAAAUUAAUGCCUGGUCAAUAGUAUUUUCAUGCCCAAGAUCAUUGUGGAGAAGAAAUUACCUAGAGCGCAUCAAGAUCAUAAUGAAUCAAGCAUCACUCAGCCUAGGACUGACAUACAAUGAGGUUUGUGUAAGAUCUAAAUUUGGGGCAUCUUUUUAGUCAUCUCCAUUGAUAGAUUAACUUUUAAUUCGAAUUAGUUUUAUCAUUUAUUCUGUCAUUUCAUUACAUUAAAUUCAUUCUCUUCCUUUUACCACACUUUCCAUAUCUCUUGUUUUCACCUUUUUAUAUUUAAUUAUGCCCUUCACAAUCUCAAGUAUCUGUUUAUAUACCUAAGAAAGAAAAUAGAUAAAAAUCUUACUUUCAUUACCCAUGCUCUCUAAGGAUCAACCAUUACUUAUCUGAAAUACAAAAGUGAGGUUUUAUAAAUAUUAUUUGCAUCAACUUAGUUGCAUCAUGAUGACAUAUUUAACCUCUAAAUUUAAUUCAUCAAAAAUCUUAGAGAUAGAAGAAAUUUUCUCCAUAUGAUUCAUCUUUAAGUACAAAAGUUUUGAACGAAUAAAACCUUGCUCACUUCAAUAAGGCUAACCACACUCUUAUUAAGGAAAACUUUAGUAUGAAUAGAAUAUACAUGCAUAUUUUUUUAUCUUUUUACUAUGAGAGAAUUUUCCUAAAAUGUAGAUCACAUUGAAAGAAACCAAUGAGAAGAAAAGAGAAGAGGCCAUAGAAGCUUGAUAAUAUGUUGAUUAUCAUGUGGAAAGUGUAAAUCUUAUGAUCUACCAUGUUAUCAUAAUAAAAAAUAAAAAUUUCUUAUUUGUUUGAAUAUUUCAUGAAGUUUAAUAUUUUAUAAAAAAUUUCAGAGUUUUCUUCUGAGUUUUACAAUCAUAAGAAAUUUUUUACUAAUAUAUGAGAAUUUUAAGAAUUUUUAAUAUCUUUUUAUGAUUUUUAGGAAGUCGAGAGACACUUCUACAAAUGAUAUUUCAUCUGAAGAUAAUGCGACAUAAUCAAGGGUUGAGGCGCUAACAAGCGAUAUCACCAAAUGAGGAGAUCGGAAACUAUCAAGAGUGUGUCUACACAAUCGACAGUAGGUGGCAAAUACUUACUAAGCGUGUAAAGGAUCUCAACAUUAAGGAAGAUCCUAUGGCUACAACAAAAUUUCUAAAUCCAACACAUCAUAUCAACUUAAGAGGAAACCAACUCUCACCCUAUUUUAUUGCAGCCAAAAGGACAAAAAGACCCUCACACACUCACAGCCAUAGAUCAGAUGAGCUCAGAUGAACCAGCUCACGAGAAGGCAAAUAUUAGUCCUACAUGUGUAAUCUCAUCCCUCGUGUAA